AUGACUGCUGACACGCAUGUUGUCAAGGGCGUCAAUGGCCUGGAAGGUCUGAACGGACCAGACUUGGGGAAGCGGGUGGGAGCUGUUGAAGUGCGAAGCUUCAAGGAGGGACUGUAUCUUGGAAAAUUUGACGAAAUUGGGAUGUGUAUAGUGCAAUACCAACGUGAAAAUGUCUCUCUGGCUCUACUGCCCAGCGUUGGAAGUAUGGAUUGGGCCCCUUUGGUUUGA